AUGAAGCGAAAAAUUAACAAUGAUACUGCAAAUGAAAGCAGCAAGAGAGCAGAGGACAUAAUCGACGAACAAACAUCGGAAAGCAGCGCACUGAAUUCGUCGAUUGAUGCAAACUCAUCGCAAGAUCAAUCAUCAUCACUCAAAGAGGAAGGAUCGUCGAGGCGAAAACGUGGUAGACCAAAGAGAACAGAUGCGGUCACUCUACCGUCAACAUCGGAAUCCAUUACUCAAAGUUCAACGGCGGUCGAAAAUGAGAAGCAAGCACUAGAAGAAACGACGAUUGAUGUGGACUCAGAAAAUGUGAUUAAUACCGAUGGCAACGAUUCGACUAUGACGAAUUGUGAGUCAACUGAUCCGCAGACCCAACCCAACAGAUCCGCAGAUGCUGAUGCGUCGAUUACGCCUGUUCCGUCGACCAAUCGUAGAUCCAAGAGAAGGGUACGUAGCACAGUGGUCGUUGAAGAUAGAGAACCUGAACAGGAAGAGCUGAAGACGAAUAUGGAUAACGGAUCUGUGAAUAAUACGAAUGCAAGCAAUGCGAGCAGUUCGGAUUCCGGGCCAACUGAAUCACCAACUGCACCUCUGACGUCGAGGAACGCCAGACCCAAAAGAAAGAAGGUCUCAAAUGAGAAAGAUUCGUCAAUGUUUGAGUUGGUAUGUACAAAAGUGGUGGAUGAUGAAGAAGAUGCUGAAACUGAUAUAGUAGUGGACGACGAUAUGGAUGAUAUCGUUCUGAGAUCGCCUCGUUCGAAAGGAAAGAAUGGCACGAGUCGGAGUGAGACUUCCGUUGUAGUUGUGGAACCACUGAGAGAUGCAUUAAUCAAUAGCGUUAAGUUGACUGAGGAUGAUCUGAUUAAAAACGAUGGAUCAGUGGAAGAUUUCACUCAAAAGACAAAAUUUCGAACGGCACAAAUUAUCGUUUGCGGAAGAAUACUUUAUGUAAAUCCAUUCGCACUGAUCGAAUACUCCGAUAUUGUGGCCAACGUUUUUGAGCAAAGCGGACGCAACUGUAAAAUUCAGCUCGAUUUCCUCGACUUCGACGAACUGCAAACAGCUCUUCGAAUUUUUUGCAGAAGUCCUGUUACAGGUCUCAAGGAACGUCUCAACGAUCCAAACUGUAAGAUUUUUUAUCAGUUGUUGCAUAGAAUAUAUGAGAAUUUUGCCGUGUUGAUUUUGCAUAUCAUUGUUUUCAUUCUUACCGUUUAUUAUGUGAAAUAG